AUGGGAAUUGAAGCUAAAGAUGUCUGCGUGAUCGUCUGGAGAAUCAUCAGAUUCUCAACGAACACGACUUGCAGAUACGUUAAGAGAUAUCCAGUUGCUUCUGGUGUUUCCGCGUUUAUAAUCCUCCUGUACACUUUCCUUCCAUGGAUUUUCUAUUCCAUGCUCUGUUCUUCUCCGUUUAUCGCUUGUGCUCUGUUUUAUCUCCGAAAUUCGAAAACCGGUGAUUCCUCAUCGGAAGAAGAAAACAGAACGAAUCGUGGGUUACCGUCGGUUUCCGAUGAAGGAAAGAGAUUAGCGGAGAAGGCUGAGUUAAAGCACCAACGAAGUGUUCGACGAAAUGCGAGAAGGAAAGUUGAAGAGGUUGGGAAAGAUUGGGACUCGUCUCAAGCUAGCGAGGACGAGAGAGGGAAAGUCAUUCUGACGACUCUCUACGGUGAAUUACCAGAUCUGGAGACGUUCAAGAGAGAAAGGACGUUGCUUGUCGCGGAAGAAAGCUUCGUGGAGUCUAACCUUGACAACGAAGGAUAUGUUGUUGUUGGUGAUGAUGAAACUGAAGGAGAAUGUUCAUCAUCAUCGUCAUCAUCAGAAGAAGGAGAAGAAGAAGCAGAGGAAGAAGAAGAAGAAGAAGAAAAGGAAACAAACGCGGUGAUAGUAGCGUGGACAGAGGAUGAUCAGAAGAAUCUGAUGGAUCUUGGGACAUCUGAGAUCGAACGUAACAAGAGGCUAGAGAGUUUGAUAUCCAGAAGACGGUCAAGGAGAUUUUUUCUGUUAGCAGCAGAGAGAAGCCUGAUGGACAUGGAAGUUCCUCGGAUUUGUAUUGGUCGAAACUACUACGGUUUCGAUAAAGAAAGCUACGAGACCGAUGGGCUUAUCAUGCCAGGCUCUGCACCUUCCGUUAUGUUACCGAGAAGAAACCCAUUUGACCUUCCUUAUGAUCCUCUGGAAGAGAAGCCGAAUCUCACCGGAGAUAGCUUUCAGCAAGAGUUUGCGGAAGCUAACCCUAAAAUCUUCUUCUGCCGCCAUGAGAGCUUCCAUCAGAGACCUCAAAAUGAUCCUAAAUUGGCUUCUUUGUGGAGAAACACUGUUGAUGGUAGGCCUAAGCCACUGCAAGGAAGCAACGUUCAACUUCCUCUAAUGAAGGAAAGAGAUGAUAUGGAGGCAGGGGAGGUACGGAUAGAGACUGAUGCCAUCAGAAACGAAGAUGAUAGUGACUCGAACAUGACGCUAUCUCCUCGAGAAAGAGAGAAAGAUUUCAGUGUAUCUGACCAGUCAGAUGCUUCUGAGACGUUCUGCAAACGGAAUGGUAAUGUUGGGAGAUCUCUUGCGGGUUUAGUGCCUAGAAGCAAGGGUUCGAGGAGUUCAGUAGCGACCGCGAGGCAAAGAUACGUGGAGCAUUUCGGUUACAGCACAAGGAAAUGCCAUAUGGUGUCGCAUUCUGUGGACUCUGAUCUUCAGGUUGAGGUUUCUGAGCUCGGAUCACCUCCUACUUCAGUUGAUGGGAAUGAUUCCUCUGAUGAAGAGAGGUCGUUGUUUAUUUAUGAAUCGGAAAUUGGAAAAGAAAUGUUACCUGUGGAGAAAGAUGAUGAUCAAGAUCUUGAUGAAACAGAGUCUUUAGCUUCUCCAGAUAUUGAAGAAGCAAGAAAGUUUGAUCCUUUGGUUCCUCAACUUGAUGAAGUAAAAAAAGCAAAGGAGUUGAAGAAACUUGCUGAAAACUCAGCUGAUGAGAUAAAGAUAAGUUAUGACUCUGACGAACAUGAACCAUCCGAGAGGACUGAUCAAGAAUCUGAAGAACCUUGUGAGAGAAACGUUGGAGAAGAGAUGCAACAACUCGAGGUUUCUGAUGUGAAUCAUCAUGGAGACUCUGAAGAAUCUGCUACUUCUCCAAGAUCGGUGUUACCAGACAUGUCACCUUUAGACCAGACUCAUUCUGAGGAUCCGGAUCUUACAUCAGAUGGUCAGCUUCGAAAUGUGGAUCCACCUGCAGAGUCAUCUCAUAAUCAAUUAGAUGAACAUUCUGAGCCAACUGAAGAAACUACAGUAGAAACCGUUUGCUUGGAUGCCACGGGACCAAUUCUGGAGAGUCAAGAGGGAUCUGAAGAAACAUUCAAUGCUGAGUCUAAAUCUGCAGAAGACCACAAACCACUGUUCAUUGAUCCAUCUCCAGAAGAACUAAAAGGCAAUCAAACCGAUGCUGGAAGAAGUUGA